AAAACUAGAAAAGCGUUUUUUUAUUUAGGAAAUUACCAAUUUUUUCGGAGAAAAACAUUCCCUAUCAAUGUUCUCUGUUUCUUUUUCUUUUUUUUUUAAGAAAAAAUUAAUUCGGAGCUGUUCCAUUUUUAUUUUUUUUUCUAUUGGUUGGAUUAAAGCUCUGAGCUUGGUUCAGUUUGCCGUUUCCCGGGAAGUUGACGGUGUUUUGCAUUCGUCGUCGUCUUCCCGCCAUUGACUUUUCUUCCAUCUUGACGACCAAAGUUUGAUCUUUUGACUGCCAUUUCCAUGCACGAGUGGUACGCCCAAAGAUAUUAGUAUCGUUGGCUAGCUAGUAUUGGUGCAAGUGCGGUUCUCCGAUUCUGGGUGAUCUUCGAGUUUAAGUUCAUUGUUUGCUGAUGCAGUUCCUCAGGGUCCCAUAUCGAGCAUAUUGCACUAGCAUUGGAUACUCUGCCACUUCCCAAAUUUCGCGCUUUGCCCGUAUCGGUCAGAUUGAGAAUGCUAGAAGAGUGUUUGAUCAAUUGCGUAACCGGCCUGUUGCCUCGUGGAACUCGAUCAUCUCAGGGUACUUUGAGAACAAGCGGCCUCAAGAAGCCCGCCUGCUGUUUGACAGAAUGCCUGAGAGGAACACCGUCUCCUGGAACGGGUUGAUCUCAGGGUAUGUGAAGAACGGGAUGAUCAGUGAAGCUAGAAAGAUAUUUGACCAGAUGCCUGAAAGGAAUGUGGUUUCGUGGACUGCCAUGGUUAGGGGGUACGUGCAAGGGGGAAUGAUAGCGGAGGCAGAAUCGCUUUUCUGGCAAAUGCCUGAGAAGAAUGUGGUUUCGUGGACUGUGAUGUUGGGUGGGUUGAUUCAAGAUGGUAGGAUCGAUGAGGCUCGUCAACUUUACAAUAUGAUGCCCUUGAAAGAUGUGGUUGCUAGAACGAAUAUGAUCGGUGGAUAUUGUCAAGAUGGUCGUUUGGCGGAAGCAAGGGAAAUUUUUGAUGAGAUGCCUCGUAGGAAUGUGAUUUCUUGGACAGCUAUGAUCACUGGUUAUGUGCAGAAUCAACGUGUAGAUGUUGCUAGGAAGCUUUUCGAAGUGAUGCCGGAGAAGAAUGAGGUUUCAUGGACGGCUAUGCUGAUGGGUUACACUCAGUGUGGGAGGAUGGAAGAGGCUUUGAAGCUUUUCGAGGCAAUGCCUGUGAAGUCUGUUGUUGCCUGUAACGCUAUGAUUCUUGGACUUGGACAGAGCGGAGAGGUGAUCAGAGCAAGGGAAUUAUUUGACUGGAUGAGAGAGAAGGAUGAUGGAACAUGGAGUGCUAUGAUCAAGAUCUAUGAGAGGAAAGGUUUUGAAUUGGAAGCACUUGAAUUGUUUGCUAAGAUGCAGAAACAGGGAGUUAGACCGAACUUCCCUUCUUGGAUAAGUGUUCUCUCUGUUUGUGCUAGCUUGGCGACUAUUAAUCAAGGUAGACAGAUCCAUGCCCGGUUGGUUAGAGCCCAAUACAAUCUUGAUGUCUAUGUUGCGUCCGUCUUAAUCACAAUGUAUAUCAAGUGUGGCAACCUUCACAAGGCAAAACUGGUCUUUGACCGAUUUGCUGACAAGGAUGUUGUCAUGUGGAAUUCUAUUAUCACGGGUUAUGCACAACAUGGUUUGGGAGAGGAGGCUUUGCAAAUCUUCCAUGAGAUGUGCUCUUCAAGCACCAAGCCUGAUGAUAUUACUUUUGUUGGGGUUCUUUCUGCAUGUAGCUAUACUGGAAAAGUGGAAGAAGGUUUCCAGAUUCUCAAUUCAAUGAAAGAAAAGUAUCUGGUAGAGCCACAGACUGAACACUACGCUUGCAUGGUCGAUUUGCUAGGAAGAGCUGGCAGAGUACGGGAGGCAAUGAAUAUGAUUAAGGAAAUGCCUGUGGAAGCAGAUGCUAUUAUUUGGGGUUCUUUAUUAGGUGCCUGCAGAAUGCACAUGAAUAUGGAACUAGCAGAAGUUGCAGCAAAAAAGCUCGUGGAAAUCGAGCCCCAUAAUGCUGGACCUUACAUAUUGCUCUCAAAUCUUUAUGCAUCCAAAGGUAAAUGGGCUGAUGUUGCAGAUAUAAGGGGGAAAAUGAGAUCUAGAAGUGUUAGUAAGCCAGCAGGUUGUAGCUGGAUUGAGGUCGAGAGAAGAGUCCAUAUGUUCAAAGGGGGUGACAGUGGGACCCACCCUGAGCACCUGAUGAUCGAGAGAAUGCUGGAGAGGUUGGGUGUGUUGCUGAGACAGGCUGGGUAUUCACCAGAUGGCACCUUUGUCUUGCACGAUGUGGACGAGGAAGAGAAAGUGCAUAGCUUAAAGCAUCACAGUGAGAAACUUGCAAUAGCUUAUGGGCUUUUGAAGGUUCCACAAGGGAUGCCUAUCAGGGUGAUGAAGAAUCUCCGAGUAUGCGGCGACUGUCAUUCUGCUAUAAAAUUGAUAGCAAAAGUCACUGGAAGAGAGAUCAUUGUGAGAGAUGCAAAUAGAUUCCAUCAUUUCAAGGAUGGCUUGUGCUCCUGCAGGGACUAUUGGUGAUUAGUAAUAAUCUUCCGAGGGACCAUUCAUGAGGCAAAGGUCAUGUCAAUUCAAUAUGACCUUGCAUGAAUGAGUGUGAAAAUUCUUCGCUGACAAUUGAUAAUACGAGAAGGUCUGCAUUACAUGCCUAUGCCAUCAAAACUGAGUCACGCGAUGCACUUGACCAGGAAAAAAGGAAAAAGAAAAGGUGUCAGGAUACAAUUCCAAUUCUCUAGGAAGAGACUCAUCUCAAGAUUUGAUGUCGAGCUCAUCAAUGUUGACACUGCCAUCUCUCUUCGUCAUAUGCCGAUUCAACUGCUGCAACACAAGGUCCGAUUUUGCCUGCCCUCUGCAGUGAAUCACUCAAUGAUUCUUUAUGCUCACCUUCUUUCCUCUGCUGAAUGCCCAGCUCUUUAUUCAGGUUAUGUACUCUUACUAAAGGUGGCUUUCGGCCGGGUUGCUGAAGGAUCAGUUUGUAUGUUUAGUGGCCUUGAUUGGUAGACGAAGCGUACUGUAGCUGACUUACAAUUACCUAGUAAGUCCUCGAUUCAAACUCGGGCUGUCAGCUUCAUCCUGAGUUUAGCAGGGACCAUAGCGUCCCUCUGCUACUGUUGUGAAGGUUUAAGGAUUAGUUGCGAGUGCUCGAUAUCUUUACUCGUUUCAAGUCUGCAUUGAUCAAACUCUACUUUCGGGGACAACUGUACAGGCUGGCACCUUCCCUUUGAUGCUCAUCCAUGGGCCUAAGUUCAGUUCCCUUUUGGGGAUGGGAAAGGCAUCUCGCUGAUUUGGUGGACUUGAAAUGAUUGACUCGGGUUGAAUGGUGUUAGUUGGAAAUAAAAGCAUCUCAGUGGACAGACUGUUUGCAGUUGAUGUCCCGAUUCAUGGUUUUGGUCCAUUAGGAUGCCCCGAUUUCUUGUGUUUGGUCCAUUGCUUUUGCUUCUUCCUCUAUGCUGUAUAAACAGCUGACCAAAAUUAAAUUAUUGGUCCCCAGCAAUCUCAAUUUUA